CCAUUCUUCCAUUCCCGUCCCCAAACAAACACUUUUCCUUCCUCAUUUCCCCUCACUUAAUUUCCUUCACUUUCAAUGGCGGAAGAAUUCCAAGAGUCCGAUGUUGUUUUCUCCGAUCAAAAACAUCACCGUCAUAACACGCGUAAGGAGGAUGUUACCGGAUACUUCGAUUACCGAGAAAUGCGGGGCGGAAGGAAUAAUGAUAAUGAUAAUAGAAUCGAGAAGUGCGGGAAAAAGGAGAAGAAGAUGGUGAUGUCGAGUUCGCUUCCGGUUAAUAUACCGAGGGACGGGGUUUUUCAUUACGCGGCGGCGGAUGCGGAUGAUUUCGAGGAGGAGUGUAACGGCGGUGAAGAAGGCGGGAUAGUGCCGCCGCACGUGAUACUCGGGAGGAGAAUCGCCGGGAAAAUGGCUUUCUCGGUGUGCACGGGAAACGGGCGGACGCUUAAAGGAAGGGAUUUAAGCCAAGUCAGGAACAGGAUUCUUAGGAUGACCGGAUUUUUGGAAACGUAAUUCGUUUCUUCAUAAUUUCUUCAUUUUUUUUAUAUAUAUUUUGAAUAUUAUAAAGGGAAUUGAGAGAAAAAUAAUUUCCUUUAUUAUUGUAUGCCUCUUGAAAUUCCAAUUUCAUUGUUAUUGAGAAAAAAAUAUUGGAAUUAAUUAGAUCUGAAAAUACUGUAAUUGAUUUUCUGAGACGGGUUUUUUUAAAGAGAGAACUUGGAGCAGAGGUGGUGUGAUGAAAAUGUGAAACUGUUUGGCUUUUGGAUAAGGUUAAUGGAUUUCUAAGAAGUUGAGAUCACAAUAUAUACUUUGUUUAUUAUAUGUUUGGAUCACAAUGUAUACUUUGUUUAUUAUGAGUAAUAUACAUUUUAAGUUUUU